AAGUAGUAAACAAUCUUAGCAAAAUGUAGAAAUACAUCAAUUUUUGAAAUUUCACUCUCUUAAAAUUCCGGCUCGAUGUCUUGUUGUUCGAGUGAGCUGAUGAACACGGAAGAGGAAACCGGCGAGGAGUUGCUAGUGUUCAUCCGUACUGUUUACAUAGAAGCCGGAAUAUUGUGUUUCGUAUCGGCCAUUACUCUGCUGGUGAUCUCAUCGCUGAACAUUAGUGUUGUCAACAUCCUGCCGAUUCCGCCGUACGUCUGGCUGAUCUUCGCCCUCGUCCUCCUGGCAGUCCUUAUCUGUCUGCCCAUCCGGCGCAUCCGAAGACUGAUCCCCUGGAUAGUGGUCGGCGGAGUUGUGGCAUUCUUCACACUGAGCGCCGCAUGCUUUAUGUGCAUCUACGACAUACCCGACUUGGUGCUCUACUUGGCCAUCAUGGUGCUGGUGGUGGUCGGACUGAUGGUCUGUGGCGCCAGGUGCCGGAAAUCGUUUCUACCCAAUGGCCUCGUCACCGCCGUGAUCGUGACCCUCUGCCUGGCAGCGCUCCUUCCGCUCAUCUUUUUGUCGCUGGCCUCCAUCCGGUACUUCUUUGCGAGCUUCUCUGCCGUCCUGAGCGUCCUGGUGAUGACGGUCAUCCCCCUGCAAACCCAGUUCAUCCACGGACGAUUGCAAUACUCCCCGAUUGGCCUCGAACCCAUCUGCGCCACUCUGAUCUACCUCACCUCAUUCGCCCUGUUCAUCUGCAUAUGCGUGUUUUCUAUUGCCAUUGAAUCGGAGAUUCUUGGAGCCUUCAACUUGCAUUUAGCAGGCCUGUCCACUAUUCCAUUGUAA